UACGCGCUCACGAGACUCGGAAUCAGAUUAAACCAUCCCGUAAAAUAAAAAAAUAAAUCAAUCUAAGCCCUGAGCAGGACAGAGCAGCUUUCAGAGGACGGCAGAGCAGCAGGAAUUAACCGGUGAAGUGGAAAGUGCCGAGAGCUGAGAAGAAGCACUUUGAAUCUGAGCUUUCUUCAGAUGUAAAUCUAAGACAUGCUCUCCAGCCUCAGCACAGGUCUUCUGAUCUCAAGCCGACGUUUCCGUGAUUGAAGCCUCUUCGCUGACGCUCUCUGUUGUCGGGCAGCUGCCCAUGCACAUGCACGGCACCAUGGGUAGCUCCCCAGAGGUACUGUCCUGGACCUCUUGCCCCAGCCUGCUGGUGGGGAAGCUCAAAGAAGAGCUCAAGCUCACCGUGGUGGGAGACGCUCUGAAGAAAGCUAAUACCAAUAGUACCCCUUCUCCCCAAGCUCCACCACCUGCCCCUCCUCCAGAGAUCAUCACAGACCUGGCUCCGCCUACCAGCCUCCCCGUGCCCCUGCACCCAGGCCGAGACGACGACUUGGGCGUGACCGGUAGCAGCCCACCCUGCACGGCGCUCAGCGAGGACUCGAGCCGAGAGCAGGGCCACUUCGAGAACAGCGUGCUGCAGCUGCAGGAACACGAAGAGGAACACAACGCUGAGCAUGAAGAGCACGGUUCCUGUGGGGAAGACGCCAAUGAGGACGGAGGCUGUAACAUGGAGCACGCUGACCAGAAUCAUCAUGACGAUAUCAAACUUCAGUUCCACCGAGCCAACACGGGCGGAGGCGGCUUCCUGGAAGGCUUGUUCGGCUGCUUAAAGCCCGUGUGGAAUAUCAUAGGGAAGACAUACUCAACAGAUUACAAGCUUCAGCAACAAGACAUGUGGGAGGUUCCGUUCGAGGAGAUCUCAGAGCUGCAGUGGUUGGGAAGCGGAGCUCAGGGCGCCGUCUUCCUGGGAAAGUUCCACUCCGAAGAAGUGGCCAUCAAGAAGGUCCGAGAGCAGAAAGAGACUGAUAUCAAACACCUCCGCAAACUCAAGCACCCCAACAUCAUCGGUUUCAAGGGUGUGUGUACACAGGCUCCGUGUUACUGCAUUAUCAUGGAAUACUGUGCUCAGGGGCAGCUGUAUGAGGUACUCAGGGCAGGGAGGAAGAUAACUCCUCGUCUCCUAGUGGACUGGGCAUCGGGCAUCGCCAGCGGCAUGAACUACCUACACCUCCACAAGAUCAUCCACAGAGACCUCAAAUCACCAAAUGUGUUAGUCACUCAUAACGAUGUUGUGAAGAUCUCUGACUUUGGGACAUCCAAAGAGCUGAGUGAUAAGAGCACUAAGAUGUCGUUUGCCGGUACAGUGGCCUGGAUGGCUCCAGAAGUGAUCCGCAACGAGCCUGUAUCUGAGAAGGUAGACAUCUGGUCAUUUGGUGUAGUGUUAUGGGAGCUCCUGACCGGAGAGAUUCCCUAUAAAGAUGUGGACUCCUCUGCCAUUAUCUGGGGCGUAGGGAGUAACAGUCUACAUCUUCCUGUGCCCUCAACCUGCCCUGAUGGCUUCAAAAUCCUCAUGAAGCAGACAUGGCAGGGUAAGCCCAGAAACAGGCCAUCAUUCAGACAGAUCCUGCUGCACCUGGACAUCGCCUCUGCAGACGUUCUGGGGGCCCCCCAGGAGACGUACUUUAAAUCUCAGGCGGAGUGGAGAGAGGAAGUGAAGAAGCAUUUUGAGAAGAUAAAAAGUGAAGGAACGUGCAUCCACCGCCUGGACGAGGAACUUAUACGGCGCAGAAGAGAUGAACUCAGGCAUGCACUGGACAUUCGAGAGCAUUAUGAGAGGAAGCUAGAGAGGGCGAACAACCUGUACAUGGAGCUGAGUGCGAUCAUGCUGCAGCUAGAAGUGCGAGAGAAAGAACUCAUGAAAAGGGAGCAAGCUGUGGAGAAAAAAUACCCCGGCACUUACAAGCGCCACGUGGUGCGGCCUAUCGUCCGACCCAACGCUGUGGAGAAGCUCAUCAGGAAGAAAGGCAGCAUGAACCACAAACCUGGCACACAGACUCCCAAGAGGCCUGAUCUGCUGCGCUCUGACGGAAUCUCCAGCGUGGAGGCUUUCCCAGUGUCCUCGCCUCUCUCAGGCAGCCCAAGGGUUUCCACUCCUCCUGGGAAAGCGCGCUACCGCAGCAAACCACGCCACCGCCGUACCAACAGCAAGGGCAGCCACAACGAGUUUCCCGGGGUCCUGAAGUCCAACGUCAGCACGGCUGAGGAACAGCAACCGCUGCAGCCUCAGCAAUACCAUCAUAAUCCUCAUAACCACCAUCAUCAUCACAACCCUCAUCCGCUCCCACCCGAGAGCCCUCUGCUCCCUCUGCAGAGGCAAGACAGCGCAGCAGCCUCAUGCACCAGCGAGCUGCGCUACUUCGGACCUGCCGCAGCGCUACGCAGCCCUCACACCGAGCACCUUCAGCGCUCCAGCCCCGACCUCAUCAACACCACUCUGGAGGCCGACGCACGGCAACAGGCAGCUACCGGGCCAGCCGCGCUCUGCCCCUGCUGCCAGGGUCACCCACUGCCCGGGUGCUUACGGUGCCAGGACAUGUUGCCUGACUGCUCUCUGGUCAGUACACGCGAGUGUCCAGACAGAGAGGGUAUGGAUGGACAGCAACAGCCAGAGCAAGGCGGUUCUCCACAGAACAGCCUCCCGCGCGCCCUCAGAACUCUCAGCAAGGUUGGGGAUGACUCAUCGGAGGAAGAGGAGGGAGAGGUUGACAGUGAAGUGGAGUUUCCACGGAGACAGAGACCUCACCGCUGCAUGAGCAGCUUUCAGUCGUACUCGACGUUCAGCUCGGAGAACCUGUCCGUGUCGGAUGGCGAGGAAGGAAACACGAGCGAGCACUCGCACAGCGGACCUCUAGAGGCACUGAGCGCCAGUCAGGAGGAGCAGCUGGACGAACUGCUUUCACACACGCCGGAGAUCCCCAUUGACAUCUCGACACAGUCUGACGGCCUUUCUGAUAAAGAGUGCGCUGUGCGGCGGGUCAAAACUCAGAUCUCCCUGGGCAAGCUGUGUGCCGACGAACAUAGUUAUGAGAAUCCGCUGCACUUCGGUGAUUCAGACUGCGACUCUUCAGAAGCCGAGUGCUCCGACGCCACCAUCAGGAACAAGCAGCCAUGUGCUCCCUCUUCCUGGUGAGCUCCUCCCACGGUCCCACUUCUGGGAGGAAAACCACCGCAAUAACUGGGGCUUGCUGUAAAAGACCACGCCCCUUUGCUCAUUCAGUCCCCACCCUCUAUCUCAAGCCCCACCCAUCCGAGUAAGCUCAGGCAACUCUGGACUGACAAUGUAGCUAGUGUAACAUUCAUAAUUUAUUUUUCUGCAUUCAAGGCGAAGAAAACAAAACAAAAAAAAAAAUCAGGAAGUCUUUUAAAUUCUAGCCUAGAACAAAGACAAAAAUGAACGAGUGCGUCGGGUUGGGUUGGAAUGGAACAAAAGGUGCAAACUCUCGACCAGAAACCUGGCGAUCAAGGAUUGUGUGUGUGUGUAUGAGAGAGAGAGAGAGUUGGCGUGCUUUUAAACAGCAUCAGGACGGUGUAGUAAAGGUCACUUCUGAUGAUUAAAACAUGGGACCCUUUAACAGAAACCCAAGCAGCCAGAUCUGCCCUUUUGGCUAAGAAGCUAAGACUCAUUAGCUACCUGGUAAUGCUUGAGUUUAUAAUAAUAAUAAUAAAAAAAUGAUGCCCUGGGAUAUCAGGGUCACUUCGGUUUGAGCACCAGCAUGAACAGCACCUGUCCGUCCUCCUCUCGUUUUUUUUUUUUUUCUGUCUCACCAUCUCUUUAUUUCUAACACCACAGACCCAUGUGGAGUCUCAGCAUGCCAGUUGGAUAACCAAACAGACUUUGUUGCUGAGUUUCUCGCUUUCAUAACAACACACAGCAGACUUUGUGCGAGAAAUCCCUGAAAUCAGUGUUGAAGCUGGAGAAAACCAGUCCAGCUUUCCUCUCGCCUCAGGCCUGAACUGGGAAAGGAUUAUGAGACUGGAAGGCAACGAUAACACUUUUUUUUUUUUUUUCCUUUCGUGUCUGGAUCAAGUGUCUCAACACAAUUUUCUCUAUUCUUUAACCUCCUCCAUUGUUGUUUUUUUUUUCCAGUCAAGUUCAUUUGUAUAUUUAACGAUUGAGUUGACGUGAAGAUGCAGCAGCCCCUUAAAUCCCUCAGGACUCGUUCCGUUUUUAUUCGUAGUGAGUAACGAAGUGAGACUGAAUGUCUAGCGUGAGGCACGUGCCUUCAGACACACUCUAAAGGUUCAGCAAUAACGCAGGUUCCGCUCAGGCUUAAGAGAAUCUCGCUCAGGAGGACUGUCUAGCUGGCUGGACAGAUGCACUGGCAAGUUGUAGUGACACGAGGUAGUUCUAGGAAAAGCCGCGUUUGAAAAAGCGUCUAUUUUUGAGACAUUUGUGUUGCUCCGAAUCACCUCCUGCGUUUUUGAUGAUUUGAAGCUCAGGUUAAGUUUAAAUGCACAGUGCAGCUCUUCUUCUUCUCUUCAGCGUACUAGCAGUGGCCCUCCAUUAGAGGGAGACAGAUCUGUGUGUCAUUUUGCUGUGAGAGAAAACCAAGCAACAUUCCUUUUAUAUUCAUCGAAAUACUAGAAGUAUGUCUCGUUAGGAUUAGCAGUAGUCAUUUAGAUACCCUACUAAUAUAUAUAAUCUGUUUUUACGUUCGCGAAAUGAGGGAUGCUGCAUCUUUUCUCAUUGGUGAUAUACUGUAUUCAUUACCCGUGUGUGUUUUUGGUGUGCGCGUGUGUGUGUGUUGUGUAAUAGUUUUAGACAGGACGGCCGGUCGAACUUUCAAUGGAUUACGUCAUCUUAUACCCUGUCCACACUAGGGAUUUUGUACCGAUAUGAAACUACUUUCGUACCAUAACACCUGUCCACACUAGCAGCUAUAGACCCUUUUCAGUCACGUGACCUUCGUAAACGCGACCGCCAUUUUGGACAUGUAGUGGACUUCGGCUCGAAUCGGUUUGAAUGCGAGGAAGGCGACAAACAUAAAAGAAAAAGGAGCGAGAUGCAGAAAACUGUAUUUACUAGUUUACUGUAAUUAUGAUCUGGCAGCUAUUUACACCGGAUCCAGUGUAAAUAGCUGCCGCGAGCUAGCUGCCGGAGCCACGAGCUAGCUGCCGGAGCUAGCGCGCGCGCGCUCUCCCUCCCCGGCCGGAGCCGCGAGCUAGCGCGCGCGCUCUCCCUCCCCGGCCGGCCGCGAGCUAGCACGCGCGCGCUCCGGAACCUCGGACGUUGGCUCCGGCAGCUAUUUACACUGGAUCCGGUGUAAAUAGCUGCCAGAUCAUAAUUACAGUAAACUAGAAUGGAAUGUUAACAGCAAUGUAAUGCCUUUUCUGGCUAAUUUUAUUCGUCUUACCUCCAACAAAGUGGUCACUACACAAGCGUUGGUAUGCCGCUAUCCAUCUUCUCCGUCAGUCAGCAUCUACCGGGAUCCGAUAAAAUGAUAACCCUUGCCUUGUUUGUUGAUGGUUACUACAUCCAGGUGCACAACAAUAUAGUGGCAUGAUGGAAGUCUUGCUGAAAAUAAACACUUUCUUUGCUGCCGUUCCUCAAUGUUGGCUGUGGUAAACUACUGGUAGUACACGUCCAAAAUGGCGGCCGCGUUUGUCGUGACGUCACGUGAAAAGGGUCCAUACCGGUACUGUAGCGGUAUAACUGUAUCGGUACGAAACCCACAAAUGUAUGGGUUUCGUACCGGUACAGUAUCGGUACUGUAGCGCUUCGCUGUAGUGUGGACAGAUGAAGCGGUUCUGUAUCGAUACUAAUAUAAUGCGCAAGCGCAAUGAACCAUUCCUACUUCUUCCGGGUUAUUCAUACAAUACAAUACGCCCGUGCUUUCCAGCUGUAAAUAAAACGUCAAAAAAUGGCUCAAAACGACCGUGGAGCUACAUGGAGCAAAGAAAGAGGGAGGAAGAAAGGAGGACGAGGGGAAGAGAAGGAAAGAGGGAGAAAGGGAGAUUCGUUUUCUUUGUUUCUUUCUCAACCGCCUCGCGCGUUUUAUACGAUUCGACUGAAUAAACAACCACCAGAAAUACAGACCGUACAUUGACGACAAAAAGCACACACGCGUCGUUUCAUCCGCCAUAUUCUCGGAAGGAAGUUACUCGGUAACCACGGAAACAUUUCGCGCACGCGCAUUUCAACUACCGUGAAAGAAAACCGCAAACGUUUCUCGCUAGUGUGGACAGAUGCACUAAACUGUACCGGUAUACUUUGUAUCGAUACAGUUAUACCACUUUCGUACCGGUAUAUAUGUGAACACAGCAUUAGCUGAUGAGAGAGAGAGUGCGAGUGAGGGUUUCUAUUUUAUUGACCUGAUUUUUCGAAGGUUUGCCUCGUGCGUUUGUAUGUCGGAGUUUCGCAUCCAAACGGAUUUGCAGCGAAUGAACAAAGCAAGAAGUUGAACACGCUAAUCCUGUUUACUUAAUCCUGUUUUAGAUGAAUCUUAUUUUUCUCCAGUUCGUAUUCUCCAACCAGCACCGUUCCGAUCGGAUGAGAAACCAAUUUCAGUCUGAAUGAGAAGAACUCGUGAGGCUCUGUCUUGUAACCGGCGAGCCUGGACAACUUAUGGACACGUACCAACCUCAUUUCUCUUGUUUACAUCUUUUAAACGCUUCUGUGAUUUUUAAUUCCACAGAAAUCAGACAGGUAUUGAGAGUAAAGUACAAUAAUGUCUUUCCAUCUUCAGCACUAUAAUGUUUUCUGUAUUGUUGUGUUAAUUUAAUUGAAUUGAAUUGAAUUGAAUUUCCCUUCCUUUUCUUUUAGUAGCUGGCCUACACGGUCUUUCGAUUAAUUUAUUUUUGGACAACUAGAAAGUUUAGAAUCAUGUUAGUUUUCCACAUCACAUCAUAUCGAUUUCUUUUUUUCCUCCUCCUUCUUCCUCGUAUCAUUUAUGAAUUUGUCAAGUAUUUCUGGAAAGAGAGUGUUCAGUCUUUUUCCGAGUGAACAGCUUUGGUAAAACUAGAGCCGGAAAGAGCGGAGACCCUGAAAUCAUGUUUCAGUCUGCUUCAGUGCUGUCGCUUCAUCUGAGAGAGCUCAAGGAAUAAAAUCCUCCUCUUCCCAGAGAGAGAAUAAAAUCAUUAGCGCCUGAUUUUGACUGUAGGUUUAAAGCUAGACUGCCUUUCAGAUUUUUCAACUUUAGGUCCUAAACAGAAUAUUCCCUGACACCCAAUUAUUUUUGUUCAGUGGAACGAGAGCUCCUGAAUUUGAAUCAGACUUCUGAUUUUAUUAGGGUUUUUUUUAAAUAGAACAAUUAAUGAAUUUAUCUCCACGCGGCCCUAAAUUCUCCGUUAUUUUUUCCUGCUUCACCAUGACGCAAUACAAGAUACGACGUCACGCAUGGACGUGGUGGGCUUUCCGCGUUCGAGCAAGGCAUUGUGGGAUACAAAUUUGAAACAGGAGAGAAAAAUGGAGGACGUGAGUGUGCGAAUGAAACAUGAAAGACCGACUACAGUAACAGAAAGAAAGCGAGAAGAAAAGACGUUAUGUUAGAUACGAAGGAAAGGAAACGCAGGACCAGACUAAUAAAUAUCGGCGCUCAGCGAGCACCUCGGUGUGAUCAGCUGUUCGUUUAGCGACAGAAUGAUGGAACUGUCAGUGCACGCUCAAAUCUGCACACGCACGCACUUCCUCUGUCUGCUUGAUUACGCAAAGCGAGCGAUUUCGUCUCGUCUUCUUCCGCUUUAUCCGGGACCGGGUCGCGGAGGCAGCAGUCUAAGCAUGGAAGCCCAAACUUCCCUCUCCCCAGACACCUCGGUCAGCUCCUCGGGAAGAACACCGAGGUGUUCCCAGGCCAGCCGAGAGACAUAGUCCCUCCAGCAUGUCCUGGGUCUUCCCCGGGGCCUCCUCCCAGGGGGACAUGCCUGGAACACCUCCCCAGGGAGGCGUCCAGGAGGCAUCCGAAAAAGAUGCCCGAGCCACCUCAGCUGAUUCCUCUCGAUGUGGAGGAGCAGCGGCUCUACUCCGAGCUCCUCCCGAGUGACUGUGCUUCUCACCCUAUCUCUAAGGGAGCGCCCAGCCACCCUGCGAAGGAAACUCAUUUCGGCCGCUUGUAUCCGCGAUCUUGUUCUUUCGGUCAUUAUCCAAAGCUCAUGACCAUAGGUGAGAGUCGGAACGUAGAUCGACCGGUAAAUCGAGAGCUUCGCCUUUUGGCUCAGUUCCUUCUUCACCACGACGGACCGGUAAAGCGACCGCAUCACUGCGGAGGCUGCACCGAUCCGCCUGUCGAUCUCACGCUCCAUCCUUCCCUCACUCGUGAACAAGAUCCCGAGAUACUUAAACUUAUUUCCUCGGGAAUCCUCUCAAAUUAAAUGACUUCCCAGCCACAGAACAGAACGGUCUAAUAUUUUGUGAGAUCUUACAGAAAUAAACAUGCAUCACAAUGACCAAAUUUUCACCGAUUUUCUGAAAUCGAAAGGCCGUCUAGUUUUAACACCUUGUUUACGACAUUCAAUCUUUAUUAUCCAGCGUUAUUUGUCAGCGUAAAUACUGAACUCUAGACAGAGGUGUGAGGAUCAGUCCUGUUUAACUAGCACAUGUACUUCUAGUAAUGCGAUUAAUUACUGGGUAACAGUUUCUUCGAUGGUACCCAUUAACACAAGGGGUCUCUUUAUUAAUCACACCCGUAAGCAGAGGGGGAAGAUGGCGUUCUCUGUGGUGUCUUAUUUGCCAUACUGUCUUUAUUUCAUAUUCUGACAGGAUAAAGCCUGAAUGCUCUCAGUAUUUAAAUCAGGAUGAACCUGUACAAUUACCAACCUCUCAUUGUAUCACAUAUCUCUGGUUCUCUCUGUCUCUCUCCUCAUCUUAUUCCUUCCCACAUUUUCCUCGUUCCGUUUUCAACUAAUGCAUAUAAACAGUUAUUUUGUUAUAAACUAUUUUUGUGCAGAACAUGUUAAACUCUGAGCUAUUUUUCUUCUCCUCCAGUAUGUUUCUUAAUCAUGUCCCGCCUCCCCUUCCCUGAUCUUGAAUGGCGUUCUGAUCGACCAACCCUGCCGUUUUCCUCUAUUAGCCUGUGUACAGUGCAGCGGGAACAGGAAGGAAUAAAAUCAAAGCAAACAACUGCAUGGAAUAAAACGCUGAUGUACUGUAUGAAA